AUAAGGACUCUGCGAUCUGCUGUCGAUGUUUCGUGAUCUUCAUCUUCCACUCACGCCUCUCUAUCCGACACCCAGGAAUACCAAGGAGAUCUUUGACAAGAUGAAGUCCUUCAUUGUUGCUUCCCUGUUGGCGGCCGCCUCCUCGGUUCUUGCGGCUCCGGCUCCUAUGCCCACCCCUCCCGGUAUUCCCACUGCCGCCAAUGCCAAGACCCAGCUCGCCAGCUUGACUGUCACGCCCUACGUUGACGACGGCAAGUACAAGCGUGAUCUGUUCCCCACCUGGAUUACCAUCUCUGGUACUUGCAACACCCGCGAGUACGUCCUCAAGCGUGACGGCACCAACGUCGUUACCAACUCCGCUUGCUCGGCUACCAGCGGUACCUGGGCCUCUCCCUACGACGGUGGUGUCUGGACCGCCGCCUCUGACGUCGAUAUCGACCACAUGGUCCCUCUCAAGAACGCCUGGGUGUCCGGUGCCAACGCCUGGACCACCAGCAAGCGCCAGCAGUUUGCCAACGACAUCAACUCGCCCCAGCUGUGGGCUGUCACCGACAACGUCAACCAGGCCAAGUCUGACAAGAGCCCCGACGCUUGGAAGCCCCCUCUUACCAGCUUCUACUGCACUUAUGCUAAGGCCUGGGUGCAGGUUAAGUAUACCUGGGCUUUGACCAUCACCAGCGCCGAGAAGUCUGCUCUAACUAGCAUGUUGAAUACAUGCUAGGAUAAGGGGAACGGGGGAGGCAACGGGAGUGAUCAGGGGAAAGGGAAGCAGAAGAGUGGUGCUGGUAUGAUGGCGGUUCCGUGGUGGACGGGGACAUGGGUUGCACUGGCAUGGUUAUGGUCAGCCUUUUGAAAAGGACAAGCAAAGCUUGCGGUAUACCUCUAUCCAAGAUACUACAGUCUGAUGCUAGAUUGUGUAUUAGCCCGGCAUACCAGGCACGUCUUGAACUAACAAACAAACCACGUGCAGUACUGGACUGUACAAUCCAUACCGACUUACCCAUUCUACAACUCGUGCCUCUGGACCUGGAGCAUCUGGUAGCACGUCGAUUCUUCUAGGAUGCUUUCCAUGCUCAUGUAUUCUCACUUCCUUCUCAGUGGGAUGGCCGCACUUGCAGGUCCAAGAAGGGGACAUUGGAGUUGUAGGUUUAAUUGCCAGUAACAACUUG